AUGACAAAAUUUAAGAGAGCUAUUGAAAAUCUGAAGAACUUCAAAGUUGCAAGCAACUUCAGUGCUUACUAUGUGCAAGAAGACAAAUUGGAAAUCACCUUGACCUGCAGCAAAGACCUCAGUCUACCUUUGUCGCCUUCAAGCUGCAAUAACGUCUGUCCCAAAUGGACAAAAAAGGUGACAUAUGGGACCUGUUGUGCCAAGUGUUAUGAUUGCCCCAAAGGAACCUUCAGCAAUGGAACAGAGUGCCUGCCCAUCAUGGUUGCCCAUAAGUAUGUGAUCUAUAUUCUGUCACCAGCUGGAAUCCUCGUGUGUGCUGUGGCACUCUUCAUCUUCCUGAAACAUGCCAACACGCCCAUUGCUAAAUCCUCCGGAGGGAGUAUCUUCUACUGCUAUCUAGCAGGUCUCAUCAUUGCUUUCUCCAGUGCUUUCUUAUUCACUGGAAUGCCAACAGAUGGUGUAUGUCUCAUACGUCUGCCUCUGCCUGCCCUGGGGUUCUCACUCUGUGUCUCCAGUAUUCUGGCCAAGUCUUGCCGCAUACUUCUUGCUUUUUCCAGCACUUCAGAAAGACCAAGCAAGUUUCAGCUGCAUUUCUACAUUGUUAUUAUUGUAUUGGGCACUCUGGGAAAGGCUGUCAUUUGCUUGAUGUGGAUGCUGAUUGACCCUCUGAGAUCUGUGUAUCUGCCAGAAGGACAGCGGUUCACUAACGUGGUGUGUGACUGCACUGAUUCACUUUGGUACAUUCUUUGUUUUGGCUAUCUGGCGCUACUGUGUUUGGCAACAUGGAGCUUGGCCAUCAAGAGCACAGCUCUUCCUCCAAGCUUUAUUGAGUCCCACUCCAUCUCCUUCAGCAUGCUGUUCUUCCUCACCAUUUGGGGCUGCACACUGCUUGUCACUCUGGACCAAAGCAAAGACCUACAAGACAUAAUGUUUGGAGUGUCCAUUGUCUUGUCUUCUUGGUGUAUCUUGGGUUGCAUCACCCUUCCUAAGGUAUUCAUCAUCCUGUGGAGACCAGAGAAGAAUACCCAACAGUGGAUAAACUACCUAACUUAUGAGUACUGCCGGCAUGUCGCUUACGAAGCUGAUUUGAAUUUUAAGGCUCAGCAUUUGAAUGCCUCUUCAGCAGAAACUGUGUUUUCUGUUGACGUGUAAAACAGCAUUGAGUUUCUUUAUGAGGUCUCAAGAUACCACAGCACCCGUGAAUGCAUGGACUCGUUCCUGUUUUAGGCUUUCACUUCCAAAUUGGUUUAAAUUGGCCUUUAGAUCAUGCUUAUAUGUAAUGGGCAGAACAACAUACAUGCAUUCUCAAACCUACUUAAUCUAAUUCAGGGUUAUAGGGGGAUGAAGCCUAACCCAGCACCAUAAACUUCAAAGCUGGAAACACUGGCCAGGAUACUACUCAAUUGCAGAGUACGCACACACACAUGUGCAACUCCACUUGUUGAGAAUUUCGAUUAAGGAUCAAUGUGCUUUAUUACUUGUUUUAGUGCUAUUAGCUAUGAAAAGCUUAGGCCCGAGGCACCAUUAAAAGGUCACUAUCUAUUUUAGCAUGAGGGUUGUUAGCCUGCCUGUCUUUUUACUUCCAUCCA